ACAUGGCGGCGCCCAUGGAGGUGGCCGUGUGUACGGACUCGGCGGCGCAGCUGUGGAGCUGCGUCGUGUGGGAACUGCACUCGGGCGCCAACCUGCUUACGUACCGCGGCGGGCAGGCGGGGCCGCGCGGCCUGGCGCUGCUCAACGGCGAGUACCUGCUGGCGGCGCAGCUGGGCAAGAACUACAUCAGCGCCUGGGAGGUGCAGCGCAAGGACCAGCUCCAGCAGAAGAUCAUGUGUCCUGGGCCCGUCACCUGCCUGGCCACGUCACCCAACGGCCUCUACGUCCUCGCGGGCAUCGCGGAAAGCAUAUACCUGUGGGAGGUCUGCACCGGGAACCUGCUGGUCAUCCUGAGCCGCCACUACCAGGACGUCUCCUGCCUCAAGUUCACGGGCGACAGCGGCCACUUCCUGUCGGGCGGCAAGGACUGCCUGGUGCUGGCCUGGAACCUCUGCAGCGUGCUGCAGGUGGACCCCACGAGGAUCCCGGCCCCCCGGCACGUGUGGUCUCGCCACACCCUGCCCAUCACGGACCUGCACUGCGGCUGCGGGGGCCCCCUGGCCCGGGUGGCCACCUCCUCGCUGGAUCAGACGGUGAAGCUCUGGGAGCUGUCCUCGGGGGAGCUGCUGCUGUCCGUGCUGUUCGACGUGGGCAUCAUGGCCGUCACCAUGGACCUGGCCGAGCACCACAUCUUCUGCGGGGGCAGCGACGGCGCCAUCUUCCAGGUGGACCUCUGCACCUGGCCCGGGCAGCGGGAGCAGAGCCUGCAGGCGGAGCAGGACCCUGGGAAGGUCUUCCGAGGGCACAGGAACCAGGUGACCUGCCUCUCGGUGUCCACGGACGGCAGCGUGCUGCUCUCGGGCUCCCACGACGAGAGCGUGCGCGUGUGGGACGUGCAGAGCAAGCAGUGCAUCCGCACGGUGGCCCUCAAAGGCCCUGUGACCAAUGCCACCAUCAUGCCGGCGCCGGUCAGUAUGCUCAGCUCCGACUUCCGGCCCAGCCUGCCGCUGCCCUACUUCAACAAGCACCUGCUGGGCGCGGAGCACGGGGACGAGCCGCGCCGCGGGGGCCUCACCGUGCGCCUGGGCCUCCACCAGCAGGGCUCCGAGCCCAGCUACCUGGACCGGACCGAGCAGCUGCAGGCGGUCAUGUGCGGCACCAUGGAGAAGAGCGUGCUGGGCGGCCAGGACCGGCUGCGCGUGCGCGUGUCCGCGCUGGAGGACGAAGUGCGGAGCCUGCGCAAGAUCAACCGCGACCUCUUCGACUUCUCCACACGCAUCAUCACGCGGCCGGGCAAGUGAGGCGGGCAGCGGCCCCCCCAGCUCCGGCUCCGUGCAUACCCGCCGGCGUCCGGUGCCACGUGCAGGCGUGUGGACGCGUGGGCGCUGUUGUUUGUAACAAAAGAUGU